AAAGUGUUACUUUGUCAGACUCAUUUGGAAGCUAGUGUUUAUCCUAAAAUUGGAUAGUGUUCUAGCUUCGUUAGAACCAAGAAACGAAUAUACAUCCGCCCUGAAGACUACAUUGCCAAUCAACGAAUCCUAAUCAGUGCCUGGUGUGCUGCAACGGGUAACUGCAAUCUAAUCAACCAACCAAUUCCAAGCCCGUUGAAAAUAACCCUGAUUUUCACUGCGAAAUGCCAGAGACAUUUGAACAGUCCUUAGACGUGUGCCGACUGGAGUUCAAUAGCCUCAAGAGGUUUAAGCGCAAACUUGAUGAGAACGAUGAAUACAUAGAUGUAACUGGAUGUCCUCCGGCGAAGAGGGCAAACAUAGAUUUAAUUGGGGGCUCCCCGGAAAAGCCAGCAUCGAUAGAUCGAUAUCCACCGAAAAACCUGUCAUUCUCAAUAGACCAAUCUCCUUCGAAAAAGAUUUACUACGACCAUAUAGGGAGUGAGUUCGAUGGAGGGGGAUUUUUCGACCGGGACGAUCUGGACGACGAAGACGAUAGGGACGGUUUGGUGAUCGAUUGCAGACUCAACGAAAGCUGGGAGAAAAAGACUGACAAUGGAAUCUCUCAUGACGAGCGAAUAAGUAACGGUCCCGAUCUAACCGAACCGGAAGUUGUGGUUAAUUUGAACGUAGUGGAUGUUGAAGUCGUUGGCAGCGAGCCGAUCGAUGUAGAGGCUCUUUAUCCGGAUGAAAAUUUGACGGUCACUGAACCGUGUAACUUAGUGAAUACUAAAGUGAUUUACGAUGAAUCGAUAGAUGUGGAGAAACUUUAUCCGGAAGUAACCGUGACCGGGUGUAGUUCGGUCUCUAUUAGUGAACCAAUAAACUUAGUGGAUACUAAAGUGGUUUAUAACGAACCGAUCGAUGUAGAGAAACUUUAUCCGAAAGUAACCGUGCCCGCGUGUAACUCUGUCUCUAUUGCUGAAACGAUAAACUUAGUGGAUACUAAAGUGGUAAACAACGAGCCGAUCGAUGUAGAGCAACUUUAUCCUGAGACUGAGACUUCACCGGACUGUAGACCAGUAGCAAACAACACAAUGUCGUAUAGUUUCCCAGAUCGGUCGAGAAGUAGUACUCGGGAAAGCAACCUGUCCGCUGUGCCAUCGACUAGCUACCAUUCGCGCAGAAACGCGGCUUCUAGUCAACCUAUUAGAAACUUGCCGUACAACUGGAACAAUACGGAAACGUGCCUUCCCCCUCAGUUUGGAUUCGGUCCAACGUAUCUGUGUAAGUCUUUUGGUUCCAAAGAGAAAUAUCCUCCGGAAUACUAUGCGACCCUCAAUGCGCACGCACGAAUGAUGGAGGCGAUGUCACCGGACGAACUAAAACGAUAUGCCAGAUUAAUCCUAAGUUCAACCCCUAUUCCGGAACAUACAGGGCCCCCACCGACCGCUUUCCGUCCGAGGUUGGUACCGGUGAAGCUGCAUCCAAGUAUCUUCAAAAUUCAUCAACAACAGCAGUCACGUGAGGUGCCGCCAGUAAAGCAGCAUCCAAGUAUCUCCAGCAUGCAUCAACCUCAGCAGUCACGUGCGCUACCAAAAAGUCAACCUUAUCCUUUUGCGCCAGCAGCAGUUCCCCGGCAAACACCAGCAUCACAACCGCCGCCAUCAGUAUCACAGCCACUGAAGGCACCACCGAUCGCCGCAAAAAUGCCUAGAAAAAUGCAAUCACAGAAAGCACCUGAUUCUUCUGCUUCAGCAGUAGCAUCACGACGUCAACAACAACAACAAGCAGCAUUCAGCAGCAUCUAUGAAAGGAAUCACCAAACGAUGGCGGAGCAUAUCAAUCAGGUGAUUAAUGAGUUUUUCGAUCACCGUCGGAAUGAGGUGUUUAACUUGGUAAAGAUGUGCACCACUCGUAACGUAUACAGCAUGGAUUUCCUGAUUGAAAAGUUGGGUCAUUUACGGGUCUCUGUAAACCGCGAUUAUGUAAGGAUGGCCGAAACUAUGAUAGAACGCUACAGGUACCGAUACCGGCCGGGGGUACCACGCUGUUGGGUGGAGCCGGCGACACAGGCGCAGGACUUUCAGGAUUACUUUGAGAAGGUCUUUGAAUACCAGCCAAAAGCGGAGGAAAUGCUUGGAAUCUACAAAGUGGUAAUCGAAGGCUUGUUACAGCAAUAUCGCGGUUCGAUUGAACACUUUCUUACAUCGAACCUGGAACGAUAGUGGACGAAAUUGACCUCGAAAAUAUGCGCUUUCGAACUUCAUAUCGAGUAGGUACUUUAUAUUGAAAAGUGUGUUUUAUCUGAUAGCUUCUAGAUAAGUGCAAAAAUAGAUGUGAUAUUGCUUCUAAGACUAAAAAACUGUUUUAAAUGUAAAUCAAAG